AUGGCGUCUCCCAGCGGCUGCCGGCCCCAGCCCGGCGGGCAGGGCGGAGGCGCCGGAAUCGGGGCCGGGGCCGGGCCGACGGCCCUACGAGGGGCCGAGGAGGACGCCGAGGGGUUGUACGUGGCGGUGGAGCGGUGCCCGCUCUGCAACACCACCCGCCGCCGCCUCACCUGCGCCAAGUGCGUCCAGAGCGGCGACUUCGUCUUCUUCGACGGACGCGAUUCCGAGAGGUUUUCAGACAAGAAAGAAAGGCUGAUGCAUCUUAAAACCAAACAGAGGGAAUUCCAAAAACAUGUUUUGAAGGCCAUGGAAGGGAAAGAGAUAACUGAUCAGCUGAGAUGGAAAAUAAUGUCUUGCAAGAUGAGGAUUGAACAGCUGAAACAGACCAUUUGCAAAGAAAAUGAUGAAAUGACAAGACAUGCAGAGGGGCUCCUGAGAAUCAAAGAGGAGAACCAGAAGCAUUAUCGCAGGGCUCAGCGGCAUCAGGAGAAGAAGGAGAAGAUCCAGAAGCACAACCGCAAGCUGGGAGAGCUGGUGGAGAAAAAAACCUACGACCUGAAAACCCAGUAUGAGCAUCUGGCAAACCUUCGGCGCUCGCAUAUCCUGGAGCUAACUUCAGUCAUAUUUCCCAUUGAAGAAGUAAAGACAAGCAUGAGAGAUCCUGCAGACGUGUCUUCUGAGAGUGACAACGCCAUGACCUCUAGCACUGUGAGCAAGCUCGCGGAAGCCAGGAGAACCACCUAUCUCUCCGGGAGAUGGGUGUGUGAUGAUCACAACGGGGACACCAGCAUCAGUAUCACAGGGCCUUGGAUAACCCUUCCUAAUAACGGAGACUAUUCAGCCUAUUACAAUUGGGUGGAAGAGAAGAAGACUACUCAAGGACCAGAUAUGGAACAUAAUAACCCUGCUUAUACCAUCAGUGCUGCAUUGUGCUAUGCAACUCAGCUCGUUAACACUCUCUCCCUCAUACUUGAUGUAAAUCUGCCCAAGAAGCUCUGCAACAGUGAGUUCUGCGGAGAGAAUCUCAGCAGACACAGGUUCACGCGGGCAGUGAAGAAGCUGAAUGCCAACAUCCUUCACCUUUGCUUCUCUCAGCAUGUAAAUUUAGAUCUGUUGCACCCACUGCAUACGCUCAGGAACCUUAUGUACCUGGUCAGCCCAGACACUGAGAACUUGGGCAGGUCUGGGCCCUUCGAAAUCAGCGCUGACCUGGAGGACUCCAUGGAGUUUGUGGAUCCCAGCGCUGCCGGCGAAACGGACGAGAGCGGGGACGAGCACGUCAGCGACGAAGAGACCGACCUGGGGACGGACUGGGAGAACCUGCCGAGCCCCAGGUUCUGCGAUAUCCCCUCUCAGCAGGUGGAGAUGCUGCAGAGCCAGAGCACCCAGGUGUCUCAGCCCAUCGCCAGCAGCAGCGCCGGCGGCAUGAUCUCCUCCGCCGCCGCCUCCGUCACCUCCUGGCUCAAAGCCUACACCGGGCAUCGCUAACCAGCAACCCCAGGGUUUGCAGAAGGAAUCCCUCCCCAUCCACGCCGUAGUAAACCCUUCCAUAUUCGGUUAAGUAGUGCCUGGAACAAAGGAAAGGUCAAACUUUGGGGUUUUUUUUGUAAACCAGAAAAACCCUUUUUAUUUCCCCAAGCUGACUCUGACGGUACCGGGUUGUAAAUGAGCGAGCUCCACGCUUCGGAGGGAUCCUCGGCGUCUCGGUUCCGUCCUCAGCGUUGGGCAUGGAAGGAGAAGGACCCGGUGGCCUCCAGCUCCCGCUUUUCCGAAGGAAAAAAAACAAUUUUUUUGGAGUAUUUGGGUCAGGAUGAGGAGGG